AUGGAAGUUAUCAUCACUAUAGAUUUCGGUAUGACCGGAUCUGCAGCAGAAUGGUUUCAACUCAUAAAAGACCCAAAAUCACUGGUUAAAGGGGGUCUGAUCGGUAAGAUACCAACACGCCUGGCAUACGAAGAGGAUGGUAAAGUCAUUGCCUUCGGUGAUGGCUGUAAAAGCGGGCAAAGGAUCCAGGAACUCUUCAAAGGCGAAUUUUCCACAACGAGAACAGAUAGCACCCGUUUGGUAGAGGUCUGCAAGUUGAUAUCGGAUUACCUUCACCAUUUCUGCAAUCACGUCUUGGAGGAAAUCGAAAAUGUCGAAAACACUACACGAGAAAUACUUGAUGUCGAAUGGCAUCUCACAACACCAGGCUCAUGGACCGAGCCUAUCCAACGGAACUUUAGGGUGCUCGCGUCUAGAGUUUUGCAAGGUCUGCUACCACGAAGCAAGGUUAUCGUGGAACAAACAGAGGCCACAACCAGUUGCGAAUAUCUCAGGAACCAAUUUGUGUUCGAUAGUGCUUGGGUAAUAACCUGCGAUAUUGGGGGAGCCACAAUGGAUACCGCCUUGAUGAUAGGCAAAGACGAUGAAGUCUUUCCUAUUUAUCACAACGACCUAACAGGUGGCACCGCUGGCGUCUGCAAAAUUGACAAAGCUUUCAAAGUUGGUGUUAUGGAUUCUUCCACUUACGAGGGUAGCAGCAAAUCUCUCGAAUUGGAGAAAAUCGCAUCAGAUAUUGUCAGAAGCUCUCAGUGGGAAGAGGCUCGAUACUCUUCUGAUGCCGUAUCAGAAGUUUCAAUACAAGUUGAGUACGAUCUCAGCAAAGCCAUUUUGCCUUCCAGCGGGAUUUCAAUUGAGGGAUACACCAUGAGAGUUCCCAGUAACCUUAUGGUAACAUUCUUCCAACAAUUUCUCGAUGCCCUUGUGCUUGAAAUUGACCAAGGGCUGCAUAAGCUCAAGAAAUUGGCUGUCCAUAAAGCUACUUCACCAGGUGUCAUUGCUCUCUGUGGUGGAGGAGGCACAAUGGUAUAUGCAAUUAACUAUCUGAGAAUGCGGUAUUCGAAGUGUGAGAUCAGAGUUCUCCCUUCUCCGGUUGACUCCGCCCUCGCAACCCUGCGAGGACACCGCCUAUAUCUCACUAGACAAUCGGACAAAGUGUUUGUGACGGAUUCACAACUUGGUCUUUCCGAUGGGUCCUCUACAGGUGCCAUACAAUGGAAGGAUUCGACUGGUACUACUACCUGGAACUUCAGCAGUGGGGAUCAGGUGGCAGCCCACCACCUUUUUGUUUGCAAGAAAGGCACCGGACAUAAAGCCUCCUCAUUGGAGCAAUUCAAACUGAACCCUGGAAAAUGUCCUGGCAUUGCUGUUUGGGAACUGUACGUGACUUUGGACAAGAAGUGGAGAAAGCAAAAUUAUUGCAUUGAAGUGGUCUGCAAAGGAGUAGGAAAGUUUGAUUUUAGAGCAUAG